UGGGAUGAUCCGAGCCGCCCUGAACGUGUCGCAGCGGGCUGGCUGGCCGUCAGUCAGUCAGGUAGCGGUGCUGCUAGCUUCACGGCUAAACGAUGCCUGGGAAAUGUAAGUUCCAGGACUCGUGGCUCGCUAAGCAGAUCUACCAGGACUGGCUGGUGAAGGACGCGCAGGACAUCCACUUCGCUCGGUGCAGAGCCUGCUGCAAAUCCAUCAAGCUGCAGACCAUGGGCGAGGCUGCGCUCACCAGCCACGCAGGAGGAGCUGGUCACAAAGCUGCGGUGCGCAAACUCGUGGAAGCAGGAAAUGUGAUGAUGAUAAACGCUGCAGGGCAGAUGAACGGCAGCAUCAGUCGGGCUGAGGACACCAAGGAGCACGUGGCCAUCUGCCUCCAGCGGGACACUUUGGACAGAGCGACAGGCAGCGACUGGUCACAUCUGCGCCACGGCCCCACAAACAACUCCACCUCCCACAAUGCAGAGCUGCAGGAUGUGACAUUCCCCUCCGCCUACUUCACAGCAGCAGGCACCUCCAGGCUCAUCAGCCAGCGUCUCCAGUCGUCAGGCAGCGAGAUGGAGGAGGCCGGCCAGCGCGACUCCACGGAGCUGUCGAGGCUGGAGCACCAUCAGAGAGCGGAGGCUCUGGAGCAGCAGCAGCAGAUGAAGAUCCUGGAGUGGGAGAACAGGAUGAAGGUGCUGGCAUGGGAGCAGGAGCUGGUGAGGGAGAAGAGGAGAGCGGCGCGCCAGAAGGAGAAGGCGUUCAGGAUGAAGAAGGCGUAUUACAAAGCCAAGUUAAAAAGAAUGGGAGAGGACGUGCCGCCAUCUUCCUGCAGCAGCAGCGAUGAAGAGGAAAAAAUAUCUGAUCCGACAGGAUGAACUGAUUUAAUCGAUUUUUUUAACAGUGCGUGUUUCACUAAUUUACUGUUUUGUCGAUAUGGGAUUAACUAUUUUUAUACUGUACAUUGUUUUCGUACUUGAAUGCAAAGAGAGGUUUGUUUAAAUUAGUUGAUUUUACACAUAAGAUAAAAUCCCUUUGAAAUUAAUGAGAGGGAAUACUCAAGUAGAAGUACUGCUACUUGAAAAUAGAAGUACGAUUACUUGGGUUCCACACCACUCAAAAAUAUAAUCAUAGCACUUUUCAAAACUACAAUGAAUGACUUUAUUCCAAAUGAUCACAAGAACUAACAACCAGUCCCCAGAUAACCUUAAGAAAUUAUCAGAGAAAUUCAAAGGGAUGCUUUUAUUUGAAAUUAACUAAAAAAGCUACUAAUUUUAGAAAAAAACUAAAAAAGUACAUGUUGUAUAAAAUGCUAAUAAUACCUGUAAUGAAUAACUUUGCACAUUUUGUAGAAAUUAACCAAACGAAAGGUUUGAAUAAAAUCACACAAUAUUCAUUGAUGUUUAAGUCUGAGGAGAAUUUUAAAGAAUGUACUGAGAUAGAUUUAAUCACGAUAGAGGAGAUGACGGAUGUUUCUAUUGGGGCUUGUUUGCAUGUUAAUAUGAGAAUGUAUACAUACUUCUAUCACUUUUCUUGCUUUGUAAAUAAAUUAG